UCUUUGCUGAUUUGAAACGUUUAACCCUUCGGCAUGAGCAACUAGGCCGGUAGUUAAAGGGAACCUUUUAUUUGCUAUGCAGGCGUUAGGCAGACAGGUACAGAAAGCACCAGCUGUGGCGCAUUUUGCAGAGAGAAUGGCAGAAGGUGUUAACCAAAGCGCAUGGGGCGCACUUAACAGAAGUAUAACAGACCAGCAAAAGUUUAACAGGCUGGAGGAUAUUGACGUGAUCGCCGACGAAAGUCUAAUAUUGAGGAUAAUCAUUUCAGUAGUUUACUCCGUGGUGUGCUCUGUGGGUCUCGUGGGCAACCUGUUGGUGUUUUUUCUUAUGAAAAUAAGGCAGGGAAGAAAGGAAUCGACGAUUAACGUUUUUGUGCUGAAUUUAGCUGUUACCGACUUCCAGUUUGUCCUUACUUUGCCCUUCUGGGCUGUGGACACAGCGAUGGACUUCAGCUGGCCAUUUGGGAACGCAAUGUGCAAAAUCAUUUUAUCAGUUACUGUGAUGAACAUGUACGCCAGCGUGUUUUUUCUGACGGCGAUGAGUAUCGCACGGUACUGGUCCGUAGCGUCUGGUUUAAAGGACAGUACUCGGCGGCGGUUCGUGUCAUUGAAAUGGGUUUGUGCGGCGUUAUGGGUUCUGGCUUCGGUAGCCACGGCGCCGACUUCUGUUUUCUCUGCUGUGACAGUUGUUGCAGGCGAAAAGCUAUGCCUCCUGAGAUUUCCGGAUGGCCAUCACUGGCUUGCACUGUACCAUCUGCAGAAAAUAUUAGUUGCUUUUAUUUUGCCGAUGAUUAUAAUUUUAAUCUGCAAUUUACUGCUUUUGCAGUUUAUUCGCCAGAGGACAAUGAAAAACAACCGUCCACGGAGGCGAUAUAGGAUUACAAAGUCAGUGACAGUAUUGGUUCUUUCAUUUUUUGUUUGCUGGAUGCCAAACCAUGCAAUCACUCUGUGGGGUGUCCUUGUGAAAUUCAAUGCAAUACACUGGGACAAAACAUAUUAUAUGGUCCACACCUAUUUAUUCCCAUUGACUGUUUGUUUUGCCCACGCUAACAGUUGUUUGAAUCCAGUUUUGUAUUGUUUAAUGCGAAGAGAGUUUAGAAGGAAGCUGAAGAAUCUGUUCUGGAGAUUUUCCUCUCCUGUUAUCUCAAAGACUUGUAAAUUGUAUGCGUACGGAGAUGCCAUCAACCAAGACAAAGAAGUCGCAAAUAUCGAGAUCCCAUUAAAGGUGAUUGCCGCCGACUCCAGUCAACAUCCAAAAAUGUUGGCACCAGUCAUUUACUAACAAUGUUCAUUUUGCCAGAAAGACACGUAAAUAUCGAUGACAUUAUUUCUGAUGACUGAGAGGUGUGCAAAACGUUUAAUUUACCGGUCUCCAUUGACGUUUGGUUUUGAGCGACUUUGUUUCAUUGUUCUCAAUUACACAGUGCCCGGAAGACAUCGAUGACAAACCUAAUGACUGUGAUUAGAACCGUGUAUUGUUUUGUGUCUUUUCAAAGUCCUCCACUCGGCGUAUUCCACGACGAUUUAUGUCUUCAGUACCACAAUUAAGUGACUGUAGUAAGUCCUUAGUGGGGCAUGACCGUGCAAUUACUCAAAAGCAAACCAAUGUUAUCGAUUACAUGAGCAUUAUUUUACUGCACUGGAAUUUGCUUCAGAACCAAACACUAAAAUUAUGUCUGUAAA